AUUAUACCAUCACCACGUUUUCUGCCGCAACGACACCCAUCUGUCUCUACCUUGCUCUUGACUACGAUAACCUCAGGACUCUUCUUGCCCGUCUCUGCUGCAGCAAGACUGAAGAAUACAACGGGAUUCACAUUACUGCGUUACCUUGCUUACCUUGUCUGCUAUGCUUGCUCCAACCCCUACCGGAGACUACGUGUCGUUUAGACCUUCAAGACGCGACGAAAGCGUGCCAAACUCUCGACACUCCGCCUUUGAAUCGCCACCACGUCUUGCAGGACAUCCAUUUGCUCAUUCUACGCCUUUGCUUACGCCUUCGCCGCUCCGGCGCCAUGCACCUCCGACCGCAGAACCGAUGGACAUGGACGACGUCUUCCAAUCCCCCCUGCGCCCUCCAUCCUACACUCACCGGCCCUAUCUAGCUCGGUCACCGCGCGUCCACUUUGAUGCACCCGCCGAGGACGACCAUCGUCACCAGCAAUCGGUAUAUCAUUCACCUUCAUUCGUCCCGCCGCCAUCCACCUCCCCCUUCGUCGUUGGUCCGAGCUUCCGGACUCCGGCUAGGGGGUCCACGCCUUCUCUAGAGACGCCGGACCGUCCCAUUCUGUCUCCGAAGCAGGUCAACACCUUGCUCUCCGCUCUUAUCGGCACGAAUACUGACCGAAAGCCGGCUUCGAGCAUGUGCGCCACGCCGCAACGCGAGCGUACUAUGACCCCUCUCUUGAUUACGUCUAGCACAAAACGUGAAGGCGAUUCUGCGUCUGUGCCCUUUGACCGCCUGGCUCCUCUCCCAGCUCCCCGGUUCACCCCUCGAUGCCAUCCCAAUAAGGCUCAGACGGAUAUGCGCUUGCGAAAACAAGAGAAAACAAUGACCAUGCUGCAGAUCUCUGACUCCCAGCGAGGAUCGGAUGUCGAUAGCGACUAUGACACUGAAUUAGAGUUUGGAGAGCCAGAAGCAAGCACACGAAGGCCGCUUCUCAGUGACAGUGAUACGUCGCGGCUUGGUGCUAAGGUGAAGGUGAAGGGCAAGAGACUGGAAUUAGUCCGCUCACCGGCUUAUGAUCUAUCGAUUCGCAAGAACGAAGACGUCGCUGAGGCUGUGUCUCCUGGGAAUCACAUCACGAAGCGACGGGCACGCGCCCGACAUGUGUCCUCAGAGUUGUUGGAGUCAGCGCAGUUUUCAUCCGCCGCAUGUGUGACUCAGGUUAAACCUGUGCUACAACACGCCCAUCACGGCCACAGCCUCAAUGCUGUCUCGCCUUCUCCCACUCAACUCCAUUCCCGUCAUUCUGCAAGCUCCCUCGACAUUUUGGUCUCUCGUUCCUCUCGUGCUCGACCGACGCCGAGUAUUCUUCCCAAGCUGGAUACACAGACGCAGCCUCCCAGGCCACGUACCUUCGAAAGAAUGGCUAGUGCGGCUACUCUUUUCUUCGGCCCAACCAUUCCGGACCCGAGGAAAUCGAAACCCGCAUCUGACACAGGCACAAACACAUCAUCCGGCCGUAAGAAAGCUGCGAGCAAACGGUUGCAUGCUCGUAACCGUCACAGCUAUGCUGGUCGAGCCUCGAACAGCACUAAGUGGAGAGAUGACUCUGAUGCAUCUUCAUCGCUGAGUUCUUCGCCGAAUCGACGCAAGCGCGAGGACGAUUCUGAGGAAGAACGCUUCUUUAACAGCUCUGACACUACCUCGUCGAGCUCUAGCAUGCGUGAGGGUAUUCCAAGUCCGAAGAAGAAACAAAAGCUCAGUGCGCCGUCUCCGCUUCUCAAGAAGUUCCGACCACGGGACUCAGGUGUCGCUUUCAAUUCGAGCGAUGAUGAUGGACAACCUGCCCGCUCAUGUAGCCGUCCCGACCUGCUGCCUAUGCCACGUGCGUCUACGUCCGUGAGCACUGUCAACUCGGAGGAAGCCCUCCCCACGCCCAGUUUCGUACCCAGUGCCACUUCAGGAUGGCCCGCUGCAGAUACUACCCUUGCGCGUUCGGACGAUGAGUCCGCAGAGGAUGUGAACGCGGUCAUUCUCCGUACUCUGAUGACGGGUUCCAGCAAUGUAGCUGAAGGGCACAAAGGACCCAAGAAGGUACCUGGGACGCCUGUCAAGAAAGUGAAGACGGCGAACAUGAUGGUGAGGCCGUGGCAGAGCGUCAUGGCGUCCAAGGUUGGACAUCUCGACUUCGACAACAAUGUGCCGAAAGGUGGAAGGGCAAAGUCGAAGCCUCGCAAGAGCAUGCCUGCGGCCUUCCCGAUUCUCGAAAAGGAGAAUCGUGCCGCCUUCAAGAUUCCGAAGUUGUCCGUAGAUUUUGAUGCUGACGAUGACGACGAGGACGUGAGUCCCAUAGCUCUUCGACGGGGCAGGUACGAGGGCUUGAGCCUUGGCCGUGGUUCACGACCUCAGUCAUCUUCAAGCCGGUCUGUAAACGACUCAAAGGGCGGCAGGAUGCACAUGCAUCUGCUAAUGCACAGGAGCAGUAGCAAUUUCUCCAGCGGCGGUGAAACGCCAAUGGCAACCCCGACCAGAUCAACUGUAAAGGAUUGGAAGCUUCUACCGCCUCGCCUGACGCUAUCCCCCGUCAAGAGACAAACACAAGUUUCAUCGCAAGAGAUUGCAACGCCUACCGCCUCGGCGGAAUCGGCUGGAUACGAUUCGCCUAGCGUUGCAGCGUCCGUCCGACACCAACGCGCUGGAGCAUCGAUGUUCCCUCAACCCACUCCAGUGCGCGCACCUUUGUUCUCCCGCCCGCACACUCAUGCACACCCGGCGCGUCUGCCCAUGUCGCAUUCCUCUCCUGUCGUCAAUUCGCGCGCCCGACUCCUGCCACCGAACGACGAAGAACAGCCAGGUCGUUUCAAACGCGACUUCGAGGAGGUGGACGAGUUGGGUACCGGAGAAUUCGGGCGAGUGAUGAAAGUGACAUACAACGAUGAAGUUGCCGCUUCCCUCGGUCAAGAGGGUCAGCUGUUCGCAGUGAAGAUAUCCAAGCGGUUCGAGGGCGCUAAGCAUCGACUCCGUCUCCGUGAAGAAGUUGACAUCCUUUCGCACUUAUCAGCACGCGGCGGGCACCCGAACGUCCUCGCGUAUAUUGACAGCUGGGAAGAGGACGAGGCGCUCUACAUCCGCACAGAGCUCUGCUCCCUCGGGAAUUUUGCACAUUUUCUGUUGGCGUAUGGACGCGCGUACCCGAAGUUGGAUGAGAGUAGAGUGUGGCGCAUCCUAACCGAACUAUCUGACGGUCUACGCUUCAUACACGACGGCGGAGUCAUUCACCUUGAUUUGAAGCCCGAGAACAUCUUCAUUACAAGCUCUGGGCGGCUGAAGAUCGGUGAUUUUGGCAUGGCGUCAAUGUGGCCACGCCCGUUGCCUCCAUCCAAUGCCGUCGGUACGACUGCUUUCGAACGGGAAGGUGAUAAGAUGUAUCUUGCACCGGAGGUCCUGCAAGGCCACUACGGAAAGGCAGCUGAUGUUUUUAGCUUGGGUAUCACCAUCCUCGAGGCAGCCACCAACAUUGUUGUUCCCGGAGAGGGCGAGGCCUGGCACAGACUACGCCAGGAGGAUUUCUCUCAAGUCGACUCGGGCCUCGUGUCCCUCAGCUUGGAGAUGCGAGGGCUGAUACGGAGUAUGCUCCGCACGGAUCCCGAUGCGCGCAUCGAGAUACGUCUUGUCGCCGCGCACCCUGUCGUGUCCCGAGCUCGGGCAGCGAUGCGGGCUGUCAGGGAAGCCGAAGGGGACGUCUUUGCUGCUAGUCCAUUGGGCGCUGGUGGACAGGGUUUCCUGAAGGAGAUCCUCCACAGAAAGCGAGGGGAUCACUGAUCCUCAGCGGCGCUUCCCGUUAGGGUGGUGUGUCUUUCGCAUGGCAUCCCGUUGUCUCCCUGUGCACUCAGGGAUACCUGCUCGUUCCGUCGCGGCUCUGUUUAUGGCCGUUGGUUUUGCGUACUCUAAGUCAGGUCCUGGCUCGCUCCUAUUGUGUACGAUUUUGGUUCCAACUUCAUCGCCCUUGAUUAUACGUAUGUAGCAACAAAGUCUUCCGUUUUCUUGUUUCAUGGAUAACAUUGACAUGUCUUGUCUUACCAACUCAUUGUCUAAUCUCUCGCAGACACAUCGGCACGCUCUAUUCAGGUCUCUGUGCAUAUAUUCACAAUCUGUACAUACUCGGGUGCUUCUUGCAUAUGUGCAAUGUACUAGAAUUCUGAUACUGCCAAGCUGUGAGCCCGGACACGCU